ACAAUGUCGAUCGUGUCUGCGCUCGUCACUUGGGUCGGCACGUGCGACGGCAUCCAGGGACCCCACGCGACCGCCAAGGAUCUCGUCGACGGCGUUGCACUCUCCGAAGUCUUUGCUCAAAUUGCGCCAGACCAAAUCAAGCUCAACUUGAUCAAGCGCGAUGUUGCAGACAACCCGCACCUCCGCGUCGCAAACCUGAGGAAGCUCCUCAACGGCAUUCGAAGCUUCUUUGAAGAGGAACUCGCAAUAAACAUCCAGCAAUCGGACAUGCCGGACGUGGCGCUGAUCGGCGAGAAUGAGGACUUGCACGAACUCAGCAAGCUGAUUGUGUUGCUGAUUGGCAGCGCCGUGCAAUGCACUGGCAAGGAGCCGUUCGUCCAGGCCAUCCUCCAAAUGAGCAUGGAGGAGCAGGCCGUCAUUAUGCAGGCCAUCCAGGAGCUUGUCUCGCGCGGUCGUGCGCGUACGUCCUCUGCGGGCUCGGAGCUGCGCCAGCCCGGCCACUCGGGCGACGACGACUCGGUCGAUGCCCUCAAAGCGCGACUCCGCCAACUCGAGGCUGCCAAGAACGACUUUGAAAACCUGUACCAGGACUCGUCGCGACAAUUGCGCCAAGUGCAAGGCGACCUCGACGACGUGAUUGCCGAGCGCGAGCGCCUGAAGAGCUUGCUCGAUGACGCAGACUCGCCCAUUCCCGGCACGCCUGCCGGAAAGGCUCAGGCUGCUCUGCGCGGCGAGGUCAACAACCUUCGCGAGCAACUCGAUCAGAUCGAAGGUCUCCGCGACCAGUACAAGCUCCAGGCCGAGGAGCAGCAAAAGACGAUUGUCGACCUUCGCCACAAGGUUGACUCUCUCGCCAAGGACGCGGCAGACUCCAAGACCAUGCGCGAAGAGUUUGAGGUGCUUCAGCACUCUGCUGCCAAAGUGACCAAAUUGGAAGCUUCCGUCGAAAACUACAAGAAAAAGCUCGAAGACAUGAAUGAUCUGAAGCAGCGUCUCAAGGAUGCCGAUGACCGUAACAACAGCUUUAUGCAGCAGCAGCUGGAUCUGGAGGAUGAGCGCGCCAAGUACAAUGCCAUCAAAGGCCAAAUGGAACGGUAUCGUGAGAGCACGGUCGCCUUGCAGGCGCAGCUCAACGAGGCUCAGCUCCAAAUGCAAAAGGCCGCGCUGGAGGCGACGCAAUUCCGCGAGGAGAGCAAGGCCAAGGCGAGCGAGAUUGAGCAGCUGAAGCACAAGUUGUCCGAGACCGAAGACCAACUGAGCAUGGGUGGCGGUGCCAGUCUCGGCGCCAGCCUUGCUGCCAGCGCCGGUAGUUCGUCGCUGGCUGACUCGUUCAACGCAAUGACCCCGGAUCUCCGAGAGCGGCUGGCCCGACUUGAGCGCGAGAACGCCAAACUCAAGGCCAGCUUGGCAGGAGGCGAUUCUGGGGCUGGCGAGGGCCAGGGCGAAUCCUCCAAGAUGCUGCAGGCGCUGCUGGAUGACGCCAACGAGGCUCGUGGAAAGCUCGAGCGUGAGAUUCUGGAUCAGCAGCAAAAGCUCAUGCGCUUGGAAGGCGACAAGACCCAGCUCCAGACUCGAUUCGACGAUCUCCAAAAGCAGCAGGUGCGCUCUGGCGCGGAAAGCAUCGCUUGGCAGCAGUUGGCCGAGAGCGAGCGCGCCACCAGCAAGUUCCGCCAAGAGAACGAGGAGUUGCAGGGCAAGCUGGAUGAUUCCCAACGGACGUAUGGCAUUGUCAAGGACGAGCUCGAAUCGGCGCAGAAGGAACUGGUCGAGCUCAAGAAGCAACAGGCGCUCCUGAGCAUGGACAAGCAAGAGAUGGUUUCUGAAAUGAACACGCGCUUUGCCCAAGAAAGCGAGGCCAAGCUGCAAGCAGCUGUGGCGCCGCUGCAGACCGAGCGCGACGAGCUGUCCGCCAAGCUCCAAGCCCUGCAGGCCAGCUUUGACCCCAUGUCGAACGCGCUCGAGAGCUUGCAAGUCAAGCACGACAACCUGGUGACUGUCCGCGAGCAGCUUGAGCACCGCGGCAAGGAGCAGCUCGAGCGCAUCAACGCAGUCCUCACCGAGAAGGCCGAGCUGCAAUCCAAGUACCUCGAUGUGCAAGAAAAGUUUAUCACGCUGCAGUCCGAAGUGUCCGACUCGAAAGACGUCAUGCGCAAACUCGAAGGCGAGCUUACGAGCAAGGGGCAUCAUGCCUCCAAUGCCGGCGAAAUUGCCGAUUUGCGCAAGCAGCUGGACGAGGAGCGUGCUCGCAGCUACAAGCUGGAGGGCGGUUUCAAUACGCUCAAGGAGGAACGUGAUGCCGUCGAGACCAAGCUGACCGACGCGAACGGCCAGCUGGAAGGUGCCCGCACCAAACUCACACAAAAAGCGUUGGAAGUGGAGAAGCAUCAAACCUGGCUCAACGAGGCCAAAACGGUUAUCAAAAAAGAGCGCGAGAAGGUUGCUUCACUUGAAGCGCAACUCCAAAGUGGACAAGGCCAGGCUGGCGGCGAAAGCGACUCUCAAGCACUGGGUGACAUGCAAAAGCGUCUUGCCGCCAAAGAUAGUGAAGUUUCCGCACUUAAGAUCAAGAUGGCCGGCGCACAGGACGAUUUUGUCCGCCAGCAACGCUUGACCACAUCGGCAUUCCACUCGAUUGUGCUCAAGCUGCAGCAGUCGACCGUGUCGGAGCGAUUCCAAGCAAAGUCCUUCCUCGCACGGCAGCGCGCAAAUAUUACCGGACGCCUUGGCGAUUCAUAACCUGUCGUCCUCUUCUUCUCCCGUUUCGCACGCAUCCUAUGUGUGUUUGGCCGAGUUGUGCGUCUGCGAAUUGCGAGAAUCCGGGUUUGUCAAAACAAACAAUCAACACGACAGUUUUUUUUUUGACAAUCAACACGACAGUUUUUUUUUUGUCAGCACUCCAUCCCAGCAAUCCAAUCCAAU